CUCGGGGAGCGGGGCCGUAUGAAGCACGUGGGAAAACAGCGGGGCGAGUUGAGUUUGGACUGUGCUGGGGACACAUUGUGCAAGUGAAUGGAUUUCGUGCAGGCAAAUAUGCGUGACACGGCGAAGACGUGGCUGGGCCUGAUCGUCCUGGCGUACGUGUACGUGGUGGGCGAGCUGAGCCACUUCCUGCUGGGCAUCGUGUCACGCCCCAUGAGCCAGGACCUGCACUACGGUGACCGUGCCUGCCUGCCCAACCCCGAGGCACCGCACCAGUCGAGCGCCUGCAUGACGGCGACCAAUGCCACGGCGUACGCGCUUGAGAGCUAUAAAGGAAAUGAAACCCUCCCACGGGGGGUUUAUUUGGGUUGGGAUCCAUCCAGGUUCUCGCAGGCCCCGCCUUCGUUGCUGUCUUCACAAACUGCCGGUGUCAUCAUUGGCGUCAUUGCAGAUAAGUUUAACCGGUAUGAAUCGUUGUUAGAGUCUGGUUUCCGCCGGGGUGUAGCAUAUGAUCUUGUAUGUUUCCCGGGGAGCAUUUUAACACGAAACUCGUUCCCACAGUCGAAGCGUGCUCUCGCUCUGGGAAUUUUCAACUGGGGCAUCUACUUCGGGUACGGCCUCUCCUACGCCGUUGGAAAUUUCAUCACCGGUGCGGACAUUGCUGGUAUGGGCUGGCGUUGGUCGUACAUUGUGACAGGAGGAAUGGGCAUCGUUGCUACUCUGUGCUUGAUAUUUGUAGUUAAAGAACCUCAAAGGAACAGUCAGCUUGAAAGUGAAUACAUCGCUGAUAAACAAAGGAAAGACGAUGCUGAGAGUGAAAAUGAGAUGUGCAAUACCGAAUUUACAAGGAAAACUGGUGAUUCUGAUAGUGUGGUUGCUUCCCCAACUGGAAGCGCUGCAAGCGAAGGUUUGGUCGGGGGUAACACGGGCCUGAAAGAGGUGCUGAAAUCCCUUGUUCGGCCGGCCAUGAUGGUGCUCGCUUUCGCUGCCUGCAUUAGGCACACAGCUGGGUUUUCCUGGGCCUACAACACGCAGCUGUAUUUCCUGACGUACUACCCAGACUUUAACUUAGGUCUGUGGGUCACGGGAGCCUCCAUUAUCGGGGGCUCGUUGGGCGUGGCCGUGGGCGGCUUCGUUUCGGACAGACUGGUGAAGCACAUUGGUCUGCGUGCUCGGCUCUAUGUCUUAGCCGGAAGUCAACUUUUAGCAAUGCCAUUUGCGGCUGGUGUACUCUACUUCCCUCCUCCUGCUGCCUUCUUCAUGCUCCUUGGAGCUUAUAUAUUCGCUGAGAUGUGGUUUGGUGUCCUGUUUGCUGUCCUGCUAGAACUAGUUCCUGGUACAGUUCAGUCGACGGCCCUUGCAGUGUUCCUCUUUGUUAUGAACAAUGUAGGGGGCAACUUGCCCGUAGUGGUGGAUCCCCUCUCUCAUCUGCUGUCCUACCGUGCUGCUCUUUACAUAAUGUAUCCAGGAGGCUAUUUAGCAAGCGCAGUUUUCUUCUUUCUGACCAGUUUCCUGACAUGAAGAACAUCCUGAUUUCAACAAUAGUAAUGUAGUAAAUAACAUUGUUAAUACCUGAUCCUUUUAAGGCACGAAUAUAUUUUGUUUGUUA